AUGGCCAACACAGUAGUAAGCUUGGUUUCAAUAGCCCUUCUUUGCAUUACAACAGCACAAGGGAGAACAAAUUUUCAUGGAACACCCUCUUCGGUCACUGAUCAUGAUUUUCAUAUUGAUGGUAUCUGCCAAACAGCGGUAGAGACAAAAGGUUACCAAUGUGAAGAACAUAAGGUUGAGACAGACGAUGGCUACAUCCUGAGUCUGCAGAGGUUGCCGGCGGGGCGGUCCGGUCAGAAAGCCGACAAGCCACCGGUGCUUUUGCAACAUGGUCUCUUUUGUGAUGCUCUGACAUGGCUGAUAAAUCCUCCAGAUGAAGCACUGGGCUUUAUCUUAGCAGAUAAUGGAUAUGAUGUGUGGAUUUCCAAUACUCGUGGAACAAAAUAUAGCCGCAGCCACAAAUCACUGAGUCCUAAUGACGCGGCUUUUUGGAAUUGGUCAUGGGAUGAGUUGGCUAGUUAUGAUCUUCCUGCUCUCGUGAAGUAUGUGCACAACAACACUGCUCAGAAAAUUCACUAUGUUGGCCAUUCCUUGGGAACCUUAAUGGCUUUUACUGCUUUCUCUAGAGGACAAGUUUUGGACAGGUUGAGAUCAGCUGCAUUGCUUUCCCCAAUUGCUCAUAUGAGUGAAGUUAAUUCACCAAUAGCAAGAAUCUUUGCUGACACAUUUUUAGCUGAGCACCUCAACUUGAUAGGCAUCCGUGAAUUCAUUCCAAACGGAGAAGGGUCUACUAGAUUAGUCGAAGGCAUAUGCAAGACUUUAAGUAUUGAUUGCUCAAAGCUGUUGGCGUAUUUCACAGGUCCAAAUUGCUGCUUAAAUUCCACCCUAUUAAAUUCCUUGCUUGAUCAUGGACUACAGUCAACAUCAACUAAGAAUUUGAUCCAUCUUAGUCAAAUGAUCAGAACUGGAAAUAUAGCGAAGUAUGAUUACGGUAAUUUUUUAAGGAACGGGCAGCGCUAUGGAAAACCAUUUCCUCCUUCUUAUGACUUCACAGCAAUUCCAAAGGAAUUUCCUCUUUUUGUGAGCUAUGGAGGGUUAGAUAUGCUAUCUGAAGUAAACGGUGUGAAGCUUUUGCUGAAUGAUCUCAAGACUCAUGAUGCAAACAACCUCGUCGUCUUGUUUAGGAAAGAAUAUGCUCAUGUUGAUUUUUUCAUGGCUACCAAUGUUAAACAAGUUCUUUAUGAUCCUAUUAUUUCUUUCUUCCAGGUUAAUUGA